AUGGGUGGCGUAACGCAUUCUCUCGUUUUAUUCACAAGCCUGCUUCUUCUUGGUAUCAUCGUUUCAGCAGUGCCAAUAGAGGGCGAUGAUGAAGUUCAUUCAUCUCAUUUUCUAAACGUGAUAUACUGGGGACAGAAUGGGGGAAACACUAUUGAGGACAAUGAUCUAUCUAUGUACUGUGUACCAACAGCUGGUAUCGAUAUCAUAGUACUAGCGUUUCUCUAUGGGUAUGGCAAUGGAAAUACGAUUGCAUCGGGUACGAUUGGGCAGUCGUGCUCGAUAUUGCCGAACGGAGAGUCUGUUCAAUGCGAGAAUCUGGCUGCUGCAAUCAAGAAAUGCCAAGAAAAUGGAGUCAAAGUUCUUCUCUCGCUUGGUGGUGCGAUGGGAGCAUACUCUCUUUCGUCACAGCAGGAGGCUGGAGCUAUUGGUCAGCAUCUCUGGGACGCAUAUGGAAAUACGAAAAAUGAUUUCGUACAUCGACCCUUUGGAGCAACUUUUGUCAAUGGCUGGGACUUCGAUAUCGAGGCCUCACGCGGUAAUGAGUUCUACCAACAUCUUAUCUGCACUUUGCGCUCUAACUUCAAUUCCGAUCUUUCGAAUGAAUAUUACAUUACUGGGGCACCACAAUGUCCUAUCCCUGAACCAAAUAUGCAACAUAUUAUCACGAAUAGUCAGUUCGACUAUCUUUGGGUGCAGUUCUACAACAAUCCUAGCUGCUCAGUUAAUGGUGCCAUCAAUUUUGAGUCUUGGGUGACUAACAUCGCUGGAACCGCAUCUGCCGAUGCCAAAAUAUUGAUCGGUUUACCAGCCUCCCCUUAUGCAGCCACAGGAACAUACGAUGGAGCGCAGUAUUAUCUUCAACCAAACGCACUUGCGACCUUACUCCGCGAAUAUGUUGGCCACUCUGCAUUAGGUGGAGUUAUGUUGUGGUCUGCUGGAUUUUCUGAGUACAAUAUUGACAACGGCUGUAACUAUGCUCAGCAAGUCCGUAAAAUACUCAACUCAGGAUCGCCAUGCUAG